AUGGACUCUUCGUCAGCAAAAUGGUUAUCUGAAUUUGGAAUGGAUGAAUACAACAUCAUCCACCAAUGUCAUAUGAACUCUUUAGCUGAACUCGCCUCCGCAGAAGAUAUAGCGACUGCCCUGGCUGGAGGGAACCUCAAGCAAUCAUUUUCCUCUAAGAACUAUUCCUCUUACCCUAAUUUCAACACCAAAAACACCGCUAGUUUUAGUGGUUCAUCUAUUGAAACUUCCGAGGUACCUACAAAACAGCUCAAAACUAGUAGUAGUUGGAACUCUAUCAGAACCACCGAGCAUGUUCCACAGAAACCUUCCUCUCCCACCUCUCAAAUUCUUUCUUUUGAGAAACCAACUUCACUGCCUGCCAAUUCUCAGCAGUUUUAUAAAAUAGACAAGGCUGUGAAGCCUAAAGACGAGACUGUAUCUUCAGGAAAUAUGAACUUUUCGCCUCGGAUCACCAGUGGUCCUUAUGAGAACAUAAAUUAUGCAACAAAAAUCAAUCAAGGGAUCAAGAGGACUUGCUCAAUGACUAGAAGCCCUUCACAUGCUCAAGAUCACAUAAUGGCUGAGAGAAGGAGAAGAGAAAGGCUUAGUCAGCGUUUCAUAGCUCUCUCAGCAAUUGUUCCUGGCCUGAAGAAGAUGGACAAAGCUUCUGUUCUUGGAGAUGCUAUCAAGUAUGUAAAACAACUUCAAGAAACUUUGAAAGUGCUCGAGGAGCAAACCAAGAAGAGAACAGUGGAAUCUGUAGUUUUCGUCAGGAAAUCUCAGCUAUCAGCUGAUAACGAAUCCUCUUCAUGUGAAGAGAACUCCGAUGGCCGGUCAUCUAAUGCAGCUCUACCAGAAAUUGAAGCUAGAGUCUCUGAUGACGACGUCCUCAUUCGAAUCCAUUGCGAGAAACAGAAAGGUCUCGUGGCGAAAAUACUAAUCGAAAUAGAGAACCUUCAUCUGUCUGUUGUUAACAGCAGUGUCUUGCCUUUUGGAAAUUCCACUCUAGACAUGACCAUAAUUGCUCAGAAAGAUGCUGAAUUCAAGUUGACAGUGAAGGAUCUUGUCAAGGACUUAAGAGUGGCUUUACUGAAGUUCAUGUGACAUCCUAGAAGACCAACAACCUGCAACAGU